CCUCGGCCGCCUCCGUGGCCAGCAGCCGCCUGCAGCUCAGCACCUCGCUCGCCUUCUCCGACCUCACCGAGGAGAUGCUGGACGCCGGCACCGACGGGCUGCUCCGCGAGCUGGAGGACUUGCGCUCCGAGAACGACUAUCUCAAGGAUGAGAUCGAGGAGCUGCGCGCCGAGAUGCUGGAGAUGCGGGAUGUCUACAUGGAGGAGGACGUGUACCAGCUGCAGGAGCUGAGGCAGCAGCUGGACCAGGCCAGCAAGACGUGCCGCAUCCUGCAGUACCGGCUGCGCAAGGCCGAGCGCCGCAGCCUGCGCGUGGCACAGACCGGCCAGGUGGACGGAGAGCUCAUCCACAGCCUCGAGCAGGACGUCAAGGUGGCCAAGGACGUCUCAGUGAGGCUCCACAAUGAGCUGGAGGUGGUGGAGAAGAAGAGGAUCCGGCUGGAGGAGGAGAACGAGGAGCUGCGCCAGCGGCUCAUCGAGACAGAGCUGGCCAAGCAGGUGGUGCAGAACGAGAUGGACAAGCUCAGAGAGAACUCCCUGAAGAAGCGGAGCUCUCGCUCCUUGGGCAAGACUGAGAAGAAGCCAUCAGUGCAGGAGGACAGCGCAGACCUGAAGUGCCAGCUGCAUUUUGCCAAGGAGGAAUCAGCCCUGAUGUGCAAGAAGCUGACCAAGCUGGCCAAGGAGAACGACGGCAUGAAGGAGGAGCUGCUGAAGUACAGGUCCCUCUAUGGUGACCUGGACAGCUCCCUGUCCGUGGAGGAGCUGGCUGACUCCCCCCAUUCCCGCGAGGCCGAGCUGAAGGUCCACCUCAAGCUGGUGGAGGAGGAAGCCAACAUCCUGAGCAGGAGGAUAGUGGAGCUGGAGGUGGAGAACCGCGGGCUGCGGGCGGAGAUGGACGACAUGAAGGGCCAGGGGGACAGGGAGCUGCCGGGGCAGGACGCGCGGUUCCUGGCGGGCGUCUCCGGGGACGCGGGGGACACGGUGGCCGAGCUGCGGCGGCACCUGCAGUUCGUGGAGGAGGAGGCCGAGCUGCUGAGGCGCUCGCUGCUGGAGCUGGAGGACCAGAACAAGCUGCUCCUGAGCGAGCUGAGCAAGUACAAGUCGGAGCACGAGCUGGACGUGACGCUGUCGGAGGACAGCUGCUCGGUGGUCAGCGAGCCCUCGCAGGAGGAGCUGGCCACGGCCAAGGUGCAGAUCAGCGAGCUCAGCGGCAAGGUGAAGAAGCUGCAGUACGAGAACAGGGUGCUGCUCUCCAACCUGCAGCGCUGCGACCUGGCCUCCUGCCAGAGCACCCGGCCCAUGCUGGAGACCGAUGCCGAGGCCGGCGACUCGGCGCAGUGCGUGCCCACCGCCGGCUGGAGGGCCGGUGUGGGCAGCGGCGAGGCCGACGGGCAGGACAGGGGGCUGGGCACCGGGAAGGUGCCCGAUGGCCCUGCCAAACUGCUCAAGCCCAAGGACCUGGAGACCUUGCUGGGCAUCCGGGACCAGGCGACGCUGGUCAGUAAAGCGAUCGACGUGUUGAUUUCGGAUGCCAACGGGUUCACCGCGGGGCUGAAGGCGUGCUUGGACAAUGAGUGUGCGGGGGUGCUGCUGGGCGAGGCGGUGGGCAGCGGUGGUGACAGCCCCAGCGAUGCCAAGCUGAUGAACGUGCUGCUGAUGAGGCUGGGCGUGCUCCAGCAGGACCUGGGCUGCUUCGUGAGGAAGGUGGACCACCUCACCGGUGGCUUCAAGGAGCACACGGACUCGUUCCCCUUCUCCAGCCCCAGCAGCCACGAUGUCACCAAAGAGCAUGUCUCUGACUUCCAGCAGCCUGAUUUUAGGGACGCCGACCCUUUCCGCAUCCCCCACGCCAAGGACACGGACCCCACCCACGCCCGGAGCUACAAACCCUGCCGGGCUGAGGAGAACGACUCCUACGCCACCGAGAUGAAGGAGCUGCAGCUGGUGCUGUCCGAGGCCAACGAGAGCCUGCGGGGGCUGCAGGAGCAGCUCUCACAGGAGAGGCAGCUGAGGAAGGACGAGGUGGACAACUUCUCCCAGAAGAUCUGCCAGCUGAAGGAGGACCACCAGAAAGCACUGCUGCGGCGGGAGUUUGAGCUGCAGAGCCUCAACCUGCAGAGGCGGCUGGAGCAGAAGUUCUGGAGCCAGGAGAAGAACCUGUUGGUGCAGGAGUCCCAGCAGUUCAGGCAGAGCUUCCUCCUGCUCUUCAUGAAGCUCAAGUGGUUCCUCAAGCGCUGGCGCCAGGGCAAGGUGGUGCACAAUGAGGGCGAGGACUUUCUGGAGGUGAACAGCAUGAAGGAGCUGUACCUGCUGCUGGAAGAGGAGGAGCUAGCCCCACAGCAACAGGCAGACAACAAGAUGUGUGCUGGGGACACCUGGACUCCCAACACGCCCAACGAGUGCAUCAAGACUCUGGCAGACAUGAAGGUGACCCUGAAGGAGCUGUGCACGGAGCUGCGGGAGGAGCGGCGCGGUGCCAGCGAGCUGCAGCAGCAGUUCACCAAGGCCAAGGCUGCCUGGGAGAUGGAGCGUGCUGAGCUCAAGUGCCACAUCGCCCAGCUGGAGUCAAAGGCAGGCAAAGGGAUCGCAGAGCGUGCACUGCCAGACUGGAAGGUGGCACUGAAGCGGGAGCGUGAGGAGCACCAGCAUCUCCUGGCUGAGUCCUACAGCGCUGUCAUGGACCUCACCAAGCAGCUGCAGAUCAGCGAGAAGAACUGGAACCAGGAGAAGGUGGAGCUGCUGGCUCGCUUCAAGGAGGAGCAGCAGCAGGCAGAGCAGCAAGCGAAGGACCUGCAGAACAAACUCAACCAGUUGCAGAAAGGAUCCAAUCCAUGGGCAUUGAAGCACUCUGAAAUGGAGAAGCAUGGCAGCAACUGGAAAGAGGUUCUCAAUGAGAAAAUCACAGACAAGGAGACAAUCUCUGAAGCAGAAGCCAAGGGAACCAACCUCAAAAGGACCAAGUCUGUUUCCUCCAUGUCAGAGUUUGAAAGCUUGCUCGACUGUUCACCCUACCUCUCUGGAAAGACCGUGCCAGGGCUGGGUGACCAUGCCCGGUGCAAAAAGUCAUCCUCAACCACCCAGAUGCUGCCCAACGGGAUCCGGGACAGCGCCAGCCUCCCUCCCUCCAACUGUACAUAUGUGAAUAUCGAACAACCUGUCCCUGACAGCCUGGCCAAGGAGAAGCUGGGCAUCUCCUCCUGGGACUACUCACGGGCAAGCAGCCUCUCUGGGCACGACCCAGCUCAGAAACAAAUCCAGAGGAGCUACACGGCCCCCGACAAGACAGGGAUCCGCAUCUACUACAGCCCGCCGGUGGUGCGGCGGCUGGAGGCGCCGCUGGUGCACAACAAGGAGGGCAAGAUCAUGAUCGAGCCCGGAUUCCUGUUCACCAUGGCCAAGCCCAAGGAGCCGGAGGAGUCGGCCAGCGCCGAGGGCACCUACAGCCAGUGGCUGUGCAACUUCUCCAAGCAGCAGCAGGAGCUGCUGGAUGGUGGCACGGGGGAGAGCGCCGUGCCGCCGGUGCCGCGUUUCCCCUCUUCGCUGCACGACCUGGAGAUCUCCGGCAACAUGAGCGACGACAUGAAGGAGAUCACCAACUGCGUGCGCCAGGCCAUCCGCUCCAGCUCGCUCGAGAGGAAGGUGAAAAGCACCUCCAGCCAGACCGUGGGGCUGGCCCACGUGGGCACACAGACCAUCCAGACGGUGAGCGUGGGCCUGCAGACCGACCUGCCCCGCGGCGCCGGCAUGCACGGCAAGAGCUGGUCCCCGCGCAGCUCCUCGCUCGUGUCCGUGCGCAGCAAGCAGAUCUCCUCCUCCCUGGAUAAGGUCCACUCCAGGAUCGAGCGGCCAUGCUGCUCCCCAAAAUACGGCUCUCCAAAGCUCCAGAGGAGGUCUUCCUCCAAGCUGGACGCCUCCAAGGACAGGAGCCUGUGGAACUUGCACCAGAGCAAGCAGAACGGCUCUGCCUGGGCCCGCUCCACCACCACCCGCGACAGCCCCGUCCUCAGCAACAUCAACGAUGGCCUGUCCAGCCUGUUCAGCGUGGUGGAGCACGCGGGCAGCACCGAGUCCAUCUGGAAGCCGGGCUGCCCUGAGAGCAGCCGGGCCAAGCCCGAAGCACCCAAGUACGGCCUCGUGCAGGAGUUCUUCAGGAACGUCUGCGGGCGGGCACAGAGCCCCACUGCCCCCCAGGAGAAGAAGGAGGCGACCGGGGAAGAGAGCAAGAGAGCCGAGCACCCCAGCCCCACCACCCACCACGAAAACAUCUCCCGUGUCUUGAACAAGAAGGUCCUCAAGCAGGGCAGCUGCGAGGACCCCAAGCCCUCGUCCCCUGGCCAGGGCAGUAAGGACGCAGCCCUGCGGGACCCCGACCUCAUCUCGGCUCUAGCCAGCGAGGACACGGCGUGUGACUGCAGCUCCCAGUCCCUCACCUCGUGCUUUGCCCGGCCGUCCCGCUCCGCGGUCCGCCACUCCCCCUCCAAGUGCAAACUGCACCCCGCGGAGCCCCCCAGGGCGGAGGAGAAGCCGGGGGCCUCGACCUGCAAUGUAAAACCAAGUGCAUUUUAAAAAUACCGAAAUGAGCUACUUUGGAGAGGCACCAAUUGGAUUAAGAGAUUGUGGUUUGGGAGGCUGCAGCGUGGCCCGUGGUCUGCGCCGCACGUCCCUCUGUCACCACCAGAAAAAGCCUUACCCAGGGAGGGAGGGGGCAGCAGCCACAGCCCCCACAGCACUGCAGAGCUCCUGGGGCUGGGGGACUGCGAUCCAGUCCCACUCAGAGCAGCCUUGGUGCCCCUGUGCAGCUCCAGGAGAGAACAGAGAUUUCUGAGGCAGCUGCCUGACCUAUUUUCCAGCCGCCUGCCAGGGGCCAGGCAGGGAUUCACCCAGAUGGAGCUGCCUGCAGGUGCCUGGGGCUCAACGCAUUGCUCUGGGGCUGAGUGCCUUGUUCUGGGGGCUCUGUGCACGGCUCCCAGGGCUCUGCAUUGCCCCAGGGGCUCCAUCCACUGCUCCCAGGGCUCUGCAUUGCUCUGGGGCUCUGCACAGUGCUCCAGGGGCUCUGUACGCUGUUCCACGGGCUCUGUGCAUCGCUCUGGAGCUCUGUACACCACCCCAAGGGCUCUGUGUGUUGCUCCAGGAGCUCUGUACACCACCCCAAGUCUCUGUGCAUUGCUCUGACGCUCUGUACACCGCUCCCAGGGCUCUGUGCGUUGCUCCAGGAGCUCUGUACACCACCCCAAGGGCUCUGUGGAUUGCUCUGGAGCUCUGUACACCACUCCCAGGGCUCUGUGGAUCGCUCUGGAGCUCUGUACACCACCCCAAGGGCUCUGUGCGUUGCUCCAGGAGCUCUGUACACCACCCCAAGGGCUCUGUGGAUCGCUCUGGAGCUCUGUACACCGCUCCCAGGGCUCUGUGCAUUGCUCUGGAGCUCUGUACACCGCUCCCAGGGCCUCUGCACAUUGUCAUCUCGCAGUUUCUCUAAAGAACUGCCGGUGCUGCCGAGGCUGCUGCCCUCUCCUGCCCGCAGCAGCUGCUGCAUCACUGCCACGUCGCAGCCUCCGUCAGGGUCUCCGCGACAGCCGCUCACUGCCGGUGUCCCCGGACACACCAGCAUCAGCCAGGGCCCAGCAGGCCCACUACCCAUGGCCUUUUGCUCCUGCAGCACCCAGCCAGCCCCCUGGGGACCCUCAUCACCCAGCUGGGUGCUGCCCACCCUCACCAGCAGCCAGGGCUGGGCUGUGUCCCUGCCUGCCAUGGAGUUGUUGGGUCCAGCACUGCCACGGGCAAUCUCCUGCUGUACAUAGAUAUUUUUGGGGUGGUUUUUAGCAUUUUCAUGGAUAAUCGGGGUUUUGGUUUGGUUUGGUUUUUUUUAAAAGACUCUCUACUUUUUUGGAAUGUGGUUUCUCAUUUUUAAAACUGCCUUUUAAUUAUUUGUAAUAUUGGUCAGUUCUGUCUUACUCUGUAAAUAGCGGUGCUGGGCAUUUCCCAGGAGGGCUGAGAUGAGGCCGGCAAGGAAUUUGUGGGGAAACUUUGCUUAAGAUGUGGAGGUGGCUGAUUCUACUCCAGCCCCUCCAUGAUUCUGCCCCUGUCCACAUGCCAGUGCCCAGCCUGGGGUGAAACCUGAGGUGUUUUGGGUAAAGCUAUUUGUCCCUGCCCUGUCCUCCUGCUGCCUCUCACCAGCCCAUGCCAAGGUCGCAUGAAGGGCACCUCCUGCCCCGAUGACAGGCUCUCUGCCCACCCCAUCCUGCACCCCUGUGUCAUGCCUGCUUGUUGUGUGAUGAAUAAAGGCCCUGCAACCCCUCACCCCCACCCUUGGUGCUGCCUUCCCGUGCUGUGGUGGGGGACUGUGCUGCCUGUCCUGUCUGAGGCAGUGCUGCUGCAGAGGGAGGUGUGGGGUGACCUGAUCCUGUGCCUCUGUUCCUGCCAUCCUGCCUGCUGCCCAGCCCACACGUGGUGUCCCAUGCUCUCCUCACCCACCUGUCUGUCCCUGACACCAUCCCCAUGUGCUGAUCCCAGCUGUGCCACGCCAGCUUGUCAGCUCCUGUGGGUCCUCACUGCCAGCACUGUCACCAGGCUGCCCUCAGCUCUGCAUUGUCCCUGUGAUGCUGGUGUUUGUUACAGCUGCCGUGUGCCAUGCCAGCCUGCCCAGCAGCUCACCCCAGCCUGCACACACACCCACAUCCCCCUUACUCUGCUGCCCAUGGCUCCCUGCCCUUGUGCGCUUCAGUUGGACUUGAUGAUCUCAGAGAUCAUAUCCAACCUUAAUGAUUCUGCGAUUGCCUGAUCACCUGCUGGUCCCAGCCUCCCCUCAGGUUCAUUCCAUUAAACUGUCCCACCCUGAGGUCCUCCAUCACCCACUAAAACCCACCCUCCUUUUGCUUUUCCAUCAUGCUUCCUGUCCCAUCCCUUUCAUCCCUCGUCUUUGAUCUGCCAUUUUCCAUCCCUCUUUAUUGUGCUCUUUCAUCAACCCUACCCCAACCCAGCCAUCCUUCCUCCCUCCUGUGCUACUCCAUCCCAUUCCUCCUUCCCUUGUUCCCACCAUACCCCAUCCCUCCUGUGUAUCUUCUUUUAUGUCCCAAGCCUUCUUCCACGGCUCCUCUGUUGUUCACCUCCUUCCUUGUAGUCAUCUACUGUCCCAUCCUUCCCUGCCACCCUCCUCCAUCACCCACCAGGUCCCAUCCUUCUGUUCUGUGCUCAUCCAUCAGCCACCAUGUCUCGUCCCUCCUUCCUGUCCUGCAUCCUCCUUCGUGUCCUGUCCUUUCUUGUGCUCCACUGUCACUCACCACCUCCAAUCCCCCCUGUUCCCCCCACUCCCUUCACAUCCCAUCCCUCCUUCCACACUCCUUCCAGUGUGCUGUCAUCAGCUGUGUCCCAUCCCUCCCUGCCGUGCUGUGCUCCUCCAUGUCCCCUCCCACCUCUUGUGCUCCUGCAUCCUACACUGCAUCCUCUCCCUCCUUGUUCUGCUCCACCACCCAUCACCUCCCAUCCCUCCUGCUGUGCUCCCCCACUGCCCUCCAUAUCCCACCUUCCAGUCUUCCUGCCACACUUCAAUCCCAUCCCUCUAACCUGCUCCUCCAUUCACCCCAUCCUGUUCCUUAGCUUCAUUCACCCCCACCUUCUUCUAAUGUUUUUCCCUUCUUCCCCUUCACCCUGCCCCAUCCAUCCUUGCCUUGCUUUGCCUCCAGCUUUUCCUUUCAUAUUCAUGUCAACAUUUCACUGUCUUCUUCAGCUCCCCCCACUGCUGCCCUCUACAUCUUACCAUCAGUUUAUUCCUGCUUAUUCCCCAUUAGUUCCCACCUUCACCCCAACCUCCUCCCCUCCUCAUCUUCUCCACAUCUUUCUUCAUCCUCUUCUCUCUUCCUGUCUGCUCUCUUAAUGUCCUUAACUUCUCCACCCUCACCUCCCACUAUUUCACCAUCCUUUCAACUGCUAAUGUCACCUAAUUUUACCUUCUUAACCUCCACAUUUCCAGUCCCUCUUUGUGCUUAUCCAUUUCCCAUUUCCUCAUUCAUCUUCCUCCACUGCCCUCCAGUCUUCGUCUUCUUCUGUCCCCUCAGUGUCUCUCUGUUCCUCCUAUCAUCUGUGUCCAUCUCCCAGUGUUUCCUCAUCCCUCCUCUUUUUCUCUAUCUCCCCCCAUCUUUUCCUCCACUCUUCUUGUUUUCCUCUUCGAUUUUGUCCACUUUCUUCAUCCUCCACUUCCCACUCUCCUCCAUCCUUCCCCAUGCCCCACACCACCCACUAUUUGCCUGUCCUUCCUCACCCUCCACUUCCUACCAUCUGCCUGGCCUCCUCAUCCUCCCCAACCUCACUUUUCAUAUUCAUUGUCCUUCCCAUCUUCCAUCUCCUUCAUCCUCCAUCUCACACUUCUUCCUCCAUCUCAGUUCUUCCUGUGACCCUUCACUUCCCAUUGUUCCCCAUACUUUUUCCUGCAGUUUCACCUCUUCCUGUCCCUCUCACACUCAAUCUCUGGCUGUCUCACCAUCCUGUGUCAUUUGCCUCCCACAGUGUCCCUGUUUCUCCUUAUGCUCCUCCACUUCUCCCCACCUUCCUAUCCCUCUUUACCCUCUAAGUGUCCACCAACCUCACAAAUUUCCCUCUCCACCCCUCCCUGACCUCCAGCCAUCCUUCCUUACCUCACAGCUCCCUCUCUAACUGGCCUUACAUUCUCCUGCAUCUCCUACCUCUGUCCUGACUUCCAGUCUUCUCCCAGCCUGACCUCUCCAUUCCUCCCUGCCCUCUUUUACUCCCAGCCCAUCUGACUCCAGCUACAAUUUUCUGCUUCUCUUCCCACUUCUCCUGCCUUAUAUCCCAUCCCUUACCGACCCAGGAAAGCUACUGCCAGCUCAGCCACCCCUGAUGCACACAGGAAGGGCCCUUCCUGACAUCAGAAAACACUUCUCCCUAGGGCUAGUGCAGCUGGAACUGGUCAUGGGGGAAAAGGGGAUGUCCUCUGCCCUUGGAAGGUUUCAGUAACCAGAUAAAGGUUUCAGCCAGAUAAAGUCACCAAUGUCCCAAUCUAACAUUAGCAAUAACUGAUGUGGAACAUGCAGCUUGACUAGAUCCCCCUAGGAUCACUUCCAGCAGUGAAGGAUUUCCAAGAGGGGCGAGAAAGGCCAGGAAUGGCUUUGAAUGCAAUGCUUGGGAUGCUGGAGGACAUGAAGAACCAUCCCUGCCACUUGCAGCUGCUCCAUGGUGCUCAAGCAGACCACCACACACACUGCUCCAGCAGGACCAUCCCAUGCUCCACAAGGACCGUCCCACUGUGCUCCAGCAGGGCCAUCCCAUGCUGCCUGAGCAGGACCAUUCCAUGCUGUUCCAGCAGGACCAUCCCAUGCUGAUUGAGUAGGACCAUCCCAUGCUGAUUGAGUAGGACCAUCCCACCCUGCUUGACCAGCAGCACCCCAAACUGCUCAAGCAGGACCUCUCCAGGCUGCUUGGGCAGGAUCAUCCAAUGUAGCUGGAGCAGAACCUUCCCAUGUUGCCCAAGCAGGACCACCCCAUGUCACUUGAGCAGGACCACUCCAGGCUGUUCAAGCAGGACUAUUCCCACGCUGCUUGAGUACCAUGGACCAACCCAAAGAGGCUUUCUAAAAAAGCUGCCAGCUCCCAGGCCAGUGAGUGAUCCCUGAGAUGUCCCCUCAGACUCAAGAGCCUGGGAUCUUUCAUCAUCCUUGUUUUCUGCCCCUUGGGCUGGGCCCUGCAGGGCCAUCCCCUUCCAACAGCCUUACAGCUGCAGUAGGGCACCAGGCUGCUGGCAGUGCUGCCAAGGGGAGGACAGGUCUCCUCUCCAUGCCAAGGGAGCUCCAAACCCUGCAGGACCUGCAUGCAGGAACUUCUCAGAGCAUCCCGUAUCACUCACGCACAAGGGCCAGCCAGCCUUGCUUCCCUGAAAACUGCCUUGCCAUGCUGGAGGCUCCCAGCCAUCCCAUGGAGGGGAGGAUGCCCUUUCCUAGGGGAUGUCCCACUGCAGGGACACAGCACCCAGUGUCUUUAUAGGGUGGGUGUGACAUUUGUAAAGCAUUCCUGCCCAUAUGCCUUCCUGGCUGGGAAAUCUGGGGGAGGGUGGAGGGAAUUUGCUACCUGUGUUAGGAACUAGCUGAACUUACGUGUCUCCCCAAGCUGGAUUUCUUAUUCCAAAUGUUCAAACUGUUGUAUAUUGUACUGGGAUUUUUACAUUGAAUUAUUGUAGAAAGCAAAAAUUUAAACCGAGUCUGUUAAAAAAUAAACAUUAAAAAUCUCAAUGAAAAAA